AUGAUGAACAACAAAGAAUUCGAGGUGUUUGGGGUUCAGACGGAAGUAAGUUUUGGUAAAAUACGACAUCUUUUUUCUCAGAUUUUUAAAGUUUUUUGAAUUUUUUUAUUUUAUGAUCCUUUUUUUAAUAAAUUAAAAAAAGUAUUUUACUUUGAAUUUUUUUAAAAUUUAUUUGUUAUAUUUUUAAAAAAAAUUUUUAAAUUUAAAAUUGUCAAUUCCAGCGCCUAAUCAACGCAGUGCCAAUAGUUGGACUAACUCUAUGUUCCAUCUUCACCACUUUCUACAUCCAGACGAAAGAAUACAUUUUGAUUCUACCAUUGAUCAUUUUUUCACUAUGUUACACUUUGAUCAUCAUUGGCAUCAAAUUGAAAAAACCGAAAAUAUUUCAAAUACACGUCUUUUGCAUGGUAAGUCAUUAUUUUUACAGUAUUCAAGUAAAAAAAAAACUUUUUCUAAGUAGUCCUGAAAGGGUCUGGCCCUUGGCAUGACUCCUGACCGGGCUUACAUGUUAGCGGGGUCGAAGCAGAAUUGAAAGGGACCGCGCUGACAUAUGAGUACUGUAACUUUAAUGCAAAAACUAAACUAAAAUAAGAAAAGCGCUGUAAAUUUUAUAAAGAAAACAUUAUUCUUCCCUUUUCAAAUCAAAGUUUUACUUCCAAAACCUUGUUGACUACUACAAUAUCAUUGGUCUUUAGUUGGCUGGCGUAGUACAAGCAAAGUUUUAUUUUUGUUUUCGUAAAAUUCUCAUGAAAAUAGGUAAUAAAUCAUCGAAUAACAAGUUGACCUGUCAAACUCAACGUUUCACUUCAAGUUUAAACUAAAUUAAUUUGUCGUAUCAUGAGCUAUACAACUUUGUGACAAGACUUUUUUGAAAUGUGUAAAAAUUUUGAAAUUGGAUGGUUUUUUUGGGAAAGGGCUAAUUUUGAUUAAUUUUAAAAAAUAACAGCCUGAGGGUGGGGUGAGGGUGUUUUUCGAACGAACGGAACAAACAAUCACUAACCAAGGUCAAAAAGGGGAAGUGUUGCUCAUAAAAGGAUAAUAAUCAACCUUUAAGAAAUUAAUAAUUAAAAAAAUCCUUAUCUUCCCUUUAAAAUAAUUUUUCAAAUUUUCUAAUCUUUUUUGGCAUCAAUAUUACAUAACUCGUAUUUUACAAUAACAAAAAACUUUUUCAGAAAUUCCUAACAACGAUCCUCUUCUCCGGCUACGUAUUCUACAUUUAUAUGUUGACUGCCGACACUAAACGCAUCCACAAAACUACAGUAAUGAAUGCCAUUUUAAUUGAAAAGGUUCGAAUUGGAACUUGUGUCUUGGCCUUUUUGGCCACAGUAAUCCAUUGGUGGAUGGGUAAGAUUGUAGCCAAAGAAAUGAAACGACAAAACCGACAGAAACUUUUACGAGAGAGCUAUGUUUGGUUAGCACAUCAGAAAUCGGUUGGGACUAGUAGGACAACUUCUGUACCAUCUUUGGUGCUCACAUUGCCGACUGAAAGCACUACUGUCAAAUGGGUUUAG